AUGGCAGACUCACCGCCCCCGCAGGUCCUUCUCAUCAUCCGCUUCACGGCUUCGCUCCCCGAUCUACCGCUCCCAAUCACCACUCCCAAAACGACCACAACCCUCUCUCUCAAGCAGCUCAUCCGGAAGCACAUCGCCGGCACCCACGCGACUUCCCGUCUCCGCCUCAUCCACGCCGGCAAGGUCCUCGCAGACACCGCGCCGCUCACAGCAAGCCUCAGCCUCCCUCCACCCCCGCCUCCUCGUGCCAGACCACCCCCGUCGGCUGCCGCCUCGAGCAACGAUGCCAAAGGCAAAGGCAAAGAGCGCGCGACGACGUCGACGACGCAAGACGACGACAGCGUUCCCGAACCACGCAAGGUCUACGUACACUGCUCGAUCGGCGACACGCUGACGCCAUCCGCCCUCGCCGCCGAGGCGACCGCCGCCGCCAACGCCGAAGCCGCGCUGGAAGCCGCGUUCAGCAGCGGCGGCGCCCGCGCAUCUGCAUCACUGCUAUCCAAGGGUACGGGUGCGGGUGUGGGUGCGUCCAGCUCGGGUAGCAACGCAGGCGGCGGCGUCGGCGGCGGCGGCGCUGCCGGUGCUGCCGCUGGCCAACCCGGACCCGGCGAACCGGGCGUCUCGACAUCGACGACGACGACGACGGACGCCGCCCCGCGCGGCUUCGACCGCCUGCUCAACGCCGGCUUCACGCCCGCGGAGGUGCAGCAGCUGCGCUCGCAGUUCCGGGCGAACCUGUCGUUCACGCACACGCCCGACACGAUGCCGUCGGCCGAGGAGAUUAGGGUCAUGGAGGACCGAUGGUUGGACAACGAUCACGGCGGUGGGGGUAGGCCCGGCGGCACCACCGUGACGGAUGCUGCUGCUGGCGGUGCCGGCGAGGGCGGCGAUGCGGGUGGUGGAGGCUGGGGCUCGGCGACGUGGUCGGAUAAUGGUGGGUUGGACGAUAUGCUGUACGGGAACGUCGUGGGCUUCUUCUGGCCGCUGGGGGCGUUGGGAUGGGGCUUUAGAGAGGAGGGCGUGUGGAGCAGAAGGAGGCAGAUCGCUGUGUUGACGGGGUUCUUGUUGAACAUUGUUUUUGGGUUAUUGAAAUUGUCGGGAUGA